AUGGCCACUUCCAUUACAGCAGGCGCGUCCGAGCUCCGGGACAUAACGAAAAUGGAGCGGAUAGGCGCUCACUCGCACAUCCGCGGCCUGGGGCUCGAUGACAGACUCGAGCCUCGCGACAACUCCCAAGGCAUGGUUGGCCAAGCGAAAGCGCGCAAGGCAGCGGGGAUGAUCCUCAAAAUGGUGCAGGAGGGGCGGAUAGCGGGGAGAGCCAUGUUGUUCGCAGGACCGCCGUCAACUGGGAAGACUGCUAUUGCUUUAGGGAUGGCGCAGACGCUAGGCUCGGACGUGCCGUUUACGAUGAUUGCGGCGAGUGAGGUGUUCUCGCUGUCGAUGUCCAAGACGGAGGCUCUUACGCAAGCACUGAGGAGGAGCAUUGGUGUGCGUAUCAAGGAGGAGACGGAGAUCAUCGAGGGAGAAGUUGUGGAAAUCCAGAUUGACAGAAGUCUGACUGGGGCCACCAAAACCGGGAAGCUUACUAUCAAGACGACAGAUAUGGAGACUAUCUACGACCUCGGUACUAAAAUGAUUGAUGCAUUGUCGAAGGAAAAGGUCCUUGCGGGGGACGUCAUUGCCAUCGACAAGACGUCAGGCAAAAUUUCGAAACUUGGCCGUUCAUUCGCACGUUCAAGAGACUAUGAUGCAAUGGGAGCCGACACAAAAUUUGUACAAUGUCCGGAAGGCGAGAUCCAAAAGCGCAAGGAAGUCGUGCACACAGUCUCAUUACAUGAAAUCGAUGUGAUCAACAGCCGGACGCAAGGCUUCCUUGCUUUGUUUGCGGGCGACACAGGAGAGAUCAAGCCGGAGCUCCGUGCCCAGAUCAAUACGAAGGUGCAAGAAUGGCGAGAAGAGGGAAAGGCUGAGAUUAUCCCGGGGGUGCUCUUCAUUGACGAAGUUCACAUGCUCGAUAUCGAAUGCUUCUCAUUCCUCAACCGAGCGCUUGAGAACGAUUUGUCUCCGCUCGUUGUUAUGGCGUCGAACCGUGGAAUGGCUCGGAUACGAGGGACAAAAUUCCGUAGCCCCCACGGUCUACCCGUGGAUCUUCUAGACCGAGUGCUUAUCGUCAGCACAAAGCCUUACACAGAGGAAGAUAUUCAGCAAAUCAUCCACAUCCGAUGCCAAGAAGAAGAUGUUACAUUAACCCAAGAUGCUACGACCGUUCUGACCCGGAUGGCCAUGGAUACCACGCUGCGAUACGCGUUGAACCUGAUUUCCUGUGCUCAGGUGCUUGCGCGGAAACGCAAGGCCGAGCAGGUGGACGUCGAGGACCUGCGACGGGGUUACACUUACUUCAUGGACGAGAAGCGGAGCGUGAAGUGGCUGAAGGACCAGCAGGGAUCUCUCAUGUUUGAAGAGAUUGGUGGCGAAGACGAUGUUAUGGAUCAAAGCUAAACAUAUGCUCUAUCCAGCGGCUAGGGCCUCUUGUAUUGUGAUAUCUUGCAUGACAUCUGACCCUCGUGUCUUGAAAACUAAUCCUCACACCUCA